AUGGACACAACCGGCCUGUCUGUCGCCAGCACCAUGGCCGGAACCUCGGCAAUCUCGAAUGAGACAUUAUUAAGACCAUCACCGGCCAGCAGGCGACUUUUGUGGACGCUUAACGGCCCUCUCGAGAGCGCAAUUCAGGUCGCGCCUGACCAGUAUUACAAGCCGGGCGACGUCAUGGAACCCUACUUUCGCCUUAGCGAAGUCAAUAUCGCGCCGAGCUGGCACCCCGUGUCGCGAGAGUCUCUCAUGGUACCCCAGGUUCCAGCCGUCACCGUGAGGAUUGAAUGCCUUGACGACUGGGAACAGCUUUGGGUGGAGCUUAACCGCUACUGUCUCGACACAAAGAACGACCCCCAGCGGCCGCGGGCUAAAGACGUCCAGCUCGAGGUGACCAAAACGGCUGGGAGCGAGUUUCUUACGAUCCACGAGUACGUCUCUGCCGUGCACCCGUGGCUCAUGGGCAUGCGUGAGAGGCUCCUGUACGCCCUGGGCAAGACCGAUGGCAAGGGGGUGCCGUGGUCACCCAAGACGAAGCUGGCCGUUAUGCAUUUCGGCCAUGGGCCGUUGUUUAUUGAUACUGAGGACAGGUGGGCUUACAGACGCAGGGAGCCUAACCUUGAGCCAAGGCGUCAGAAGACUAUGGCUGAGAGUAUGGAGGCCUCGCGGAAGGUAGCGGAGAGGAUGCUGGCGAGAUCUGUGGCACGCGUGCGCGAGUUAGAAAGGCUCCGCCAAGAGAACAACAACAAUUAA